CUCAAAGGGAAAAGAGAUUGUCGAUUAACGAUCGAACUCUCUCCGGGAGAGCGAUACCAGCCUUGGUGUAUCGAUCAUGUUUUGGAAUAGAAAUCAAGGGAACUCACCAAGACCCAGCUCGACAUCUAUGGGGUGGGAUGGUGGACUUGGACUACGACAUGACUUUUUUAUCGUAUUUUGAGAGAAAAUGAUCUUGUUUAAUGUCAUGUGCCCUGAAGUUUUAAAAGCUUAUGUAAAUUAAGG